GAAGUAAUCAAUCUUAUCUCUCCUAGGAGUAAUGGCGUCCAAAUUCAAACAAGUCAUACUGGAUCUCACUGUGGAGAAAGACAAAAAAGACAAAAAAGGUGGGAAGGCCUCCAAACAAAGUGAAGAAGAAUCCCACCAUCUGGAAGAGGUUGAAAACAAGAAGCCCGGGGGAAGUGUCAGAAGGAAAGUCAGGCGACUUGUGCCUAACUUUCUAUGGGCCUUACCUAAUAGACAUGCUGAUCGCAAUGAAGGGGGAGAGGAUGUUGAGAGAUUUGUAGUGCAGGGGACAGAAGUCAAGAGAAAGUGUAAGGAGCAGCAGGUGAGGCCUUACACCCGUUUCCGAACACCGGAACCUGACAAUCAUUACGAUUUUUGUCUCAUACCUUGAAAUGUAAGAUUUUCUCUGGGCUCAUGAAAAGGCUGAUGUUUUACAAGCUUGUAUCUGGUGGGGUAUUUUUUCUGUAUACUUUUGGUGUUUCCACUUAAGGGUUUCUACGUAAAAUUGUUUUAAUUGUUGCAUUUAAUUCAAUCAUUCCUGUCAGCAUGGCAAUUUAACCCAUUUUAGAAAAAAAAUCUUUUUCAUAAUUUGAAACUAAUAAAGCAAUUUAAAAAGCAA